AUGAAGACUCUAUCUCACCAAUCACUCUCAUCCGAUUUGAAUCACAUACUAUCCUUACCUCCUUCCACUCUCUCUUCAUUACUCGAUCCAUCAAAGAUCACUCCUACGCAAACAUCCCAAAAGCCUAUAGAAGUCCUGAAAUCGUUCUCCUCUCAAGGUACACACGAGGAUAGUCAGACAUUAUCGAAAGCGUAUAUAGCAGAGAUGGGAUCAGUCAAGAGCUUGGGGAAAAGUGGAGAAAUCGAAAAUACAGGUGAAAGGAUUGAUGGAUUAAGAGAAAGAGGUCAGGGUUUGGUAGAUACUUUGAGUAAAGUAAAGGUAUAA